AUGGCACACAUCACAGAGCACCCAUCUCGGGCCAAGCGGAGAAAGCUCGACGAUGAGCAGCCGAAUGAGGAGGUGAACUUCACUUCUCCUUCCCAGCUGCGUGACCUACUGGUCUUCCAGCAGAAUGCCCCGGCCGCGAAGCAAGGCAUCCUCAAAUUUAAGGAAUUUCUGGUCUCGAUUGGCCAGUCUGAAAAAGAGAGCGACAAAUCCCAGAAGCUCCGUGUUCUGAAGGGCUAUUGCGAUAAGCAAAUUUCUCCUGGCAAAGAGGAAGAUUCCUCCGUUUGCUUUCCAGACCUCAUCCAGACUUGGGGAUUCGCCGAUAGCAACAACCAUGAGCCUCUACUCACUAAUAUUCCGUCAGUUCUGGCAAUCUUCCUGAAGACCAUCUCCCGCCAGCUGGAAUUCCGGGAGUUCGGUGUUGCCCUGUGCAGGCACCUGCUACAGAAGGACCAGCUCAGACUUUUCAACCGUGGUUUGACUGCCACCAAAACAAAGGAGCACCUUAUCUCUCCAUGUCUGCGUCUGCUCACCGAGAUUGUGACCUUUGACGGCGGUGCUGUUGCCCGAAAACUUUAUCUCUGCCGUUAUAUCACCUUCAAGCGGCUUGAAAUCUUUUUAACGCCUAAUAAGGUGCAGCUUGAGGCCGCAGAAGAGGAUGCACAGAAGUCAACCCUCAGACGAAAUGCCCAGAAAUUUGUUCUCGCCAACCUGAGAGUGCAGCACACCCUGGAGAAAAGUGACAUUAUCGAGCAGCCCAAGCUCACCCGAUCGCUUCUUGAACAUGCUCGGAAAGACUCUCGGGCGGAUGUACUGGAGACUAUCAAAGCGGUUGAGCGAGACAUUGUGCAAGAUGAUUCACUGCCGCGUAAAUCCAAGAGCAAAUUCUUCAAUCGGUGGAACCUGGAGAAGUUGGUGACGCUCUAUGGCUAUGACCGCGAAUCAGAUGAACCCAACCCCGAAGGGAUAUCGAUCGCCAACGAAGUUCACCGAGUCCUGAUGAAUGUCUGUAAGACCGCUGGACUUGGCGUCCUGCUCCCUGAAACAGGCUGGUAUCCAGUUGGGACCGAUCCCGAGACUCUACCCGUGGAGGAUGAUGAUGGGAUCGAACUGGGCCUCGAUUCGCCUAUUUAUGUCGACAAGUAUCGGGAGUCGGUCCCAGUGCGAAACAACUCUUUGUCGUUCCUUAUACAAUGCCUCCGUCCAGACGUGGAUAGUCUGCAGAUCGAGUUGCUCGUGACGAUUUUCAAGGCCGCACCGGAGCUGAUCGCCGAUUUCUUCACUAAGAAGACUAUGUUCACAUCGGACCCUAAAGUGACCCCGUCAUGGAUGGCAGAAUCUGCCUUCCUUUUCUCAACCGUGCAGCUGCCUGUCCCUACAAACUGCGGCUGGAAGGACAAGCAGCCCAUCCUACCACCGCCCGUGUCAGUUGUCAUCGAAAAUGUCCUUCCUCGUCCUCUCAGCCAGAAGACCAUGACUCGCUGCCUGAAUCAGAAUGCCGAGAUCAUCACUCUGUUCGCAGUGCGAAUCUUGACUCUCGCCUUCACCAAAUUGCGGGCUGUUCUGAAGCUCUUCCGAGCCGAUCAUGGACAGGGCCAGUUGUUUUGGAACCAGGCUUCCUCCAAAUUACUUGCUGAGUUCUCUCGUCGAAUCCCCGCUGUGAAAGAUGCCAUUCUCUUGUUCCGUCGAACUGCCAAGGACGACCUGCAGCAGCAAGAGGCUGUUGCUGAGCUCUUGGCAUGUUACUAUGAAGUUAUGCCAGACAUCGCAUUGGAGGAGAACUUUGAUGUCCCAUUGGUCUUAGUGGAUGUUUUGAAACGCCUGGAAGACUCAGAUCUCAGCCCUGAUCACUCUGAGAUGCUUCUGAGCCAGUUGCAGAGUGUUCUCCAGAUCGCACAACAAUCUGCCGCGAUGCGGUGGUGGCAGAAGCCAGCUUCUAUGCAGUAUUCUCCAUUUACAUCUAUUCUCAAGGUCCUUGCAGAAACAUCCGACAAGGACUCUGCACGUCGCAUCUCGGCUCUGCUGAGGUCUGUUCUCGCGGAUAAUUCCGUCUUACAGAACUUGCCUAAGUCAUUCAACGCUCUUUUAUCAAGCCUCGAGGACUCUGAGUCCGAAACUCUUCACCGUCAGUUGCUCUUCAUUGACAAUUGCGUGGCCCGUGUUGCAAAGAAGCCUGUCCACUACUUGGAUCUGAUUGGAUCUAGUUCCAAAAAUGAAGCCGCAACAAGUCCUCUUGUCGCUGCUAUUGUUGAACAAUGGCCCUUUGUUGUCAAGGCAGGUGACGAAGCUGCUGAGAUAGCCACGGGGUCAUGGAUUGGCAAGCUGCUUGCGCACUUGAAACAGGCUGGAGAGAACUCGGCUGCCUUAAAGGCUGCUCGUGAUGCCCUGGUCGAAGCUACUGAAACCAAAAAAACUCGCUCUCUGAUCAAGAAAUGUUUCCAAGGCCAAGAUGAUGUUGAUGACGAGGACAAGAUGGAUGUGGAUUCUGGACCUACUGCUUCGACUUCGUCCAACAAAACCUCGACGGUGGAUCUUGAUGAGAUCUUUGGCUUCCUGCCUACUGAAGGGACCACCCAUAAUGCACUGCACAGAUGGGAGAGAGAAGAUAUAGAGCAAGCAGUGGAGCAAGGCCGUAUUGCUGAGCUGAUGCUUUGCUUGUGUUCGGAGCAUGAGGAAGUUCGGAGACAAGCAUUUUCCAGCAUUGUUCGCUUUAUGGCUCAGUUAAAGGAGUCCAAAUACGUGGAGUGGCGCACAGUAUAUACCCUGACGGGUGAGCUUCUUGAGACUGUCAAUCAGAUCGGUCUGGGUGAGCCUAUCCCCUGGAUCAUUGGCGAGUGUGCCUCCAGCUGCUUGAACGUCCUUACCCAGCCCUUGCACAAAGUUUACGGGAAGGUCAACAAGUUCUUGCAGAAGUCUCCCGUGUGGGAGCUGGAGAAGAUUCCAUCCUACUGGAUUGACAAGAUAUUCCUGAAUGAGCCUGAAUUAGACGACGGUUACUUCGACGAGAUUGACUGGUUGUUGGGGCUAUUCGUGAAGGGUCUUCGCAGCAAGGCUGAUAUGGAGAUCUACCGGAGGGCGAAUGUUUUCGAGCGCAUCCUCUCCCUCUACCAGUCCCCGACUCUCGGCGACGCGGCACGACGAAAGAUUUUGCACAUCAUCUACCGAGCUGCACAGGUGGGCGGUAGCACCACGCUAAUCACUCGCGCGGCUGUCGUCAGUUGGAUUCAAGUUCAAGUCGCGGAAGCUGAUGCGAAGGAGGUUGCGUUGCUCGUAGCCUUGGCACGCUCGUUGUAUGAGACGUCCGACCGUGAGCGGGUUGAUGCGUGGAGCGCUGGGACCCUCGAGCAAGCUCUACAGGAAAUUUCGCAAGCAGGAGAGAAUUCCCUAUGUACAAUACGUUGA